AUGUCGUAUCCACCAAGUGCUCAGAAUACUCCGGCGAAGUUGAGGAAUCGUACAUCUAGCACGAGCAAUGACCAGUGUGUCAUUGUUUUUCGGGAGACUAGUAAGGCAAGUGCCGUUGUUUUCUUCAAAUUGUUGCCGUAUUUUCCCCUUCCUCAACGGAUUCUUCGUCGCCAUUUAGCGUCGAGUCUAUAUGUACGUUGUUCUUUUUUGCAUCAUUCCUUUUUAGCCAAUGUGGACGAUGCUUAUCGCAUAUUCUUUAAACAUCACACUUGCUAUGAUCUUGUGCCACUCAGUGCCAAACUCAUUGUAUUUGAUGUCGCCCUAAAUGUAAAGAAAGGUUUUUUCGCAUUGGUCUACAAUGGUGUUCGAGUGGCAAUACUUUGGGAUUCAGAAACCCAAUGCCACGUAGGGCUUCUGACAAUCACGGACUUUAUUCGCAUUCUGCACAAAUAUUAUAGAUCCCCAGAGACACCAAUAGUAGAAUUAGAGGAGCAUCAGAUCAAAACAUGGAGGGAACAAAUGGCGGACUACGCGCGACCCCUGGUGCACAUAACCCCUGAACGGACCCUCCUGGACGCGGUUCGCAUGCUCUUGGAAAACAAGGUUCACCGUCUUCCAAUUAUGGAUCCCCAAACCGGCAAUCCACUCCACAUCCUCACCCACAAACGCCUUCUUAAGUAUCUGCAUUUUAGCAUGCCCAAACUACCUCAACCAACUUUCAUGGAGAAGCAGCUAAAGGACCUGUCAAUUGGGACGAUGCAGAAUGUGAUUUGCGUGGAGACUGACUGGCAACUUCACCGCGUUCUUGCUGCAUUCAUUGAAAAUCGUGUCUCCGCGCUUCCCGUUGUAGACGCCGAUGGAUGUCUCGUUGAUAUCUAUGCCAAAUUUGACGUUAUUAACUUGGCCGCCACGCGUUCCUACGACAACCUCGAAAUCUCUGUAUUCGAUGCCCUGCAGUAUCGGCGCGAGAAGUUCUCGGGCGUCGCCACCUGCACACUCGCAAACACUUUGAAAGAAAUAAUCGAUACAAUUGUUGACGCAGGGGUCCAUCGACUAGUCGUGGUGGAUGAGGCUCGACACGUUCUUGGAAUUGUCUCCCUUUCCGACAUUCUCCGUUUCCUCAUUCAAAAGCAUUCUAGCGAAUGA